UCUUAGAUAAGGAUAAUAUUUUAGCAUCAAAUAGAAAUGUAACAAGUGUUCUUGGAAUCGUUGGACGAGUAUCAUCACGUGGACUCUGAUGUACCCACACGACAUGCAUGAAAACAAACUUAACUGAGUGUGGUGACAUCGACAUAAAGGGCCAUGACACUGGAAUAAAGGCUGAAAUGAUUGUGCAAUUACAAAACGAAAUCUCUACAUCAAAACUAGUGUUACCAUAGUAAACUCGUAGAGAAAGAUUGAUUACAUUAAUGGAGAAAAUAGAGCAAAGACCAUGCGGUGAAACUCAUAUCUUAUGUUUCACUUAUCCUGCACAAGGUCACCUCAACCCUUUCAUUCAAUUAUGCAAACGGUUGGCUGCAAAGGGUCUUAAGGUGACCCUAAUCUCCACCAUAUUAUCCUCCACCAAGCUCAUCCGAACCCAAGACAGUUCCAUCAAUGUCGAGCUCAUUCCCGAUGGGUUCGAAGACAGCGAAACGAGGAAUAUCGAUACCUUCUUUGAUCGUUACAAGAUCUCCGUUUCCCAAACUCUAGCGGAGUUUAUCGAAAAACAACUUAGUUCUGAGUAUCCACCUAAAUUUCUCAUCUAUGACUCGAUUCUACCGUGGGCUUUUGACGUUGCAAGAAGAUUUGGUGUGGAUGGAGUUCCAUUUUUCACCCAACCUUGGUGUGUUAAUGUCAUUUAUUAUCAUUUUUUUAAAGGUACAUUCAAGGUUCCUUUAGAGGAGCCUACGGUAUCAUUGCCUUCGAUGCCACCGUUAAGGGUCAAUGAUCUACCAUCAUUUCUUGAUGAAACUGGCCCUUACCCAUUUUUUAAAGACGUGGUCAUCAAUCAAUUUACCAAUAUUGAAGAAUCAAAAUGGAUAUUGUCUAACACUUUCGAUAAACUCGAAGAUGAGCAAUUGAAAUGGGUGGCAAGUAGAUACACAAACUUCACAGUUGGACCAACCAUUCCAUCAAUGUACUUAGACAAGCGAUUCGAGAAUGACAAAGAUUAUGGCAUAAGCUUCUUCAAUCCAAACACUGAUACUUGCAUGAAAUGGCUAGACUCCAAGGAGACUGGCUCUGUAGUCUAUGUAUCAUUUGGAAGCUUGGCCGCCCUGGACAAAGAGCAGAUGGAGGAAGUAGCAUGGGGCCUGAAGAGAAGCAACAGCUUCUUCCUGUGGGUAGUGAGGGAAACCGAAUCUGAAAAGCUCCCGAAAAAUUUCUCUGAGGAAACAUUUGAGAAGGGUUUGGUUGUGAGUUGGAGUCCUCAACUUGAAGUUCUAGCUCACAGGUCAGUGGGGUGUUUCAUGACACAUUGUGGGUGGAACUCAACGCUUGAGGCCUUGAGCUUGGGAGUGCCGAUGGUGGCGAUGCCUCGAUGGUCGGAUCAAACUACUAAUGCUAAGUUUAUUGAAGAUGUGUGGCAGGUGGGGGUCAGGGUAAGAGUUAAUGAGAAAGGAAUUGUGACAAGAGAGGAGGUUGAGCUGUGUAUAAGGGAAGUCAUGGAAGGACAGAGAUCAAAGAAUAUAAGAAGGAAUUCGGAGAAGUGGAAAGAAUUGGCUAAAGAGGCAGUUGAUGAAGGUGGAAGUUCUGACAAGAACAUUGAGGAAUUUGUUGUAAAACUUGUAUGCAGCUGAUUCUACAGCAUUAUAAUUAAGUACUUGAUUACUUAUUGGAGGAUGUGGAUCAAGUCAAGUAUUGAAUCACAAUAAACUAAAAUUUACCGAAAAUACUCUUGUUUAAGAUAUUUU